AUGAUGCCCCGGCAUCACGAAAGCGGCUUCUCCAACGGAUAUCCGCGAGGCAAUACGUUUGAUAUCUCCCCACACAGGUUUCAACCUCGAUCCUCAAUACCUGGAAACCGUCGACGAAGAAAACUACUGUUUAGACUUGGCCUUGCGGUCCUUCUUCUGAUCGCUGUUGGCUUCUGGAUCUCCUCAUCCAAUCCAGUUCCCUCAGUGGUUUCCCUGGGGCUCUUUUCUGCGACUGGAAACCUCGAACUCGAAACCGUGCGGUACUACGAUUUGAGUAAUGUCCAGGGCACUGCCCGUGGCUGGGAGCGUGAAGAGCGUAUCCUGAUAUGCGUUCCCCUUCGUGACGCGGAGCCACACCUUGCCAUGUUCUUCUCCCACCUGCGGAAUUUCACGUACCCGCAUAAUCUGAUCGACCUCGCCUUCCUAGUUUCUGACUCCAAGGACAGAACAUUGGAGGUUCUGGCUGAGAAUUUGGGACGGAUACAAGCGGACCCUGAUCCCAAGCAGCCCUAUGGCGAGGUGUCGAUCAUUGAAAAAGACUUUGGGCAGAAAGUUAACCAAGAUGUAGAAAGCCGGCAUGGCUUUGCGGCGCAAGCCAGUCGACGGAAAUUGAUGGCCCAAGCUCGAAAUUGGCUCCUCAGCGCAGCGUUACGGCCAUAUCAUUCCUGGGUAUACUGGCGAGACGUCGAUGUGGAGACUGCACCGUUCACCAUCCUUGAAGACCUUAUGCGACACAAUAAAGACGUCAUUGUUCCGAAUGUUUGGCGACCACUUCCCGACUGGCUCGGCGGUGAGCAGCCCUAUGAUCUUAACUCUUGGCAAGAGUCGGAGACUGCCCUAGCGCUUGCCGAUACACUGGACGAAGAUGCCGUAAUCGUGGAGGGCUACGCCGAAUAUGCUACAUGGCGACCUCAUUUAGCCUAUCUUCGCGAUCCAUACGGCGACCCCGACAUGGAGAUGGAGAUUGAUGGAGUAGGAGGCGUCAGCAUUCUCGCAAAAGCCAAAGUCUUCCGCUCUGGCGUUCACUUUCCUGCGUUCAGCUUUCAAAAGCACGCUGAAACAGAAGGAUUUGGAAAAAUGGCGAAAAAAAUGCAGUUUUCGGUGUUUGGUUUGCCAAACUAUGUUCUUUGGCAUCUGUACGAACCCAGUGUUGACGAUAUCCGCCAUAUGGAGGAAAUGGAACAAGAACGCAUCGCACGUGAGAAGGAGGAACAGGAGAAAAAGGCCAAGGAACAGGAGAAGAAAAACAAAGAACAAAAGGUGAAGGAGGAGUUCGGUGACAAGAGUGGUCAGUGGGAAAAAGACAAGCAACAAUUACUGGAGCAAGAGAAGCGACAACGGGAGUCCUCCACUUGA